GAUACAAAUCCGAAACCCCACUGAUUCGACUCGAACACGUCCCAUAAUUGAACUCACCUUUUCUUCACCACUGCCCCAAGUACCCACACCUGAUUUCCCCCAAUUUUCACUUUCACUUUACACCUCUCUCUCUCUCUCUCUCUCUCUCUCUCUCUGAUUCUCAGAUCCACAGAAAUCAAAUGCUUAUACAAAUCCCAAUCUGAAAACCCUAGAAAAACCAAUUCCCGGAAACCAAAAAAAAGAAAAGAAUGGAGCAAUUGAAAACCAUCGGUCGAGAAUUGGCAAUGGGAUCCCAAGGCGGGUUCGGCCAAUCGAAGGAGUUCUUGGAGCUCGUGAAAUCGAUCGGCGAGGCUCGAUCGAAAGCCGAGGAGGAUCGAAUUGUGCUCCACGAGAUCGAAACCCUGAAGCGUCGGAUUUCGGAGCCGGACAUUCCGAAGAGGAAGAUGAAGGAGUUCAUAAUCCGACUCGUCUACAUCGAAAUGCUCGGCCACGACGCGUCGUUUGGGUACAUCCACGCCGUGAAGAUGACCCACGACGAUACCUUGCUUCUCAAGCGCACUGGUUACUUGGCCGUCACGCUUUUCUUGAACGACGAUCACGAUCUCAUCAUCUUGAUUGUCAAUACCAUCCAAAAGGACUUGAAAUCGGACAAUUAUCUCAUCGUUUGCGCCGCCCUCAACGCCGUGUGUAGGCUCAUAAACGACGAGACUAUCCCUGCCGUUUUGCCUCAGGUAGUCGACUUGUUAGGUCACCAGAAAGAAGCCGUCCGAAAAAAGGCGAUAAUGGCGCUCCAUCGGUUCUACCACAAGUCUCCUUCUUCGGUGUCUCAUCUCUUCUCUAAUUUUCGUAAACGGCUCUGCGAUAAUGAUCCUGGCGUCAUGGGUGCCACUCUGUGCCCGCUUUUCGAUCUUAUAACGGUUGAUGUUAAUUCUUAUAAGGAUUUGGUGGUUAGUUUUGUGAGCAUUCUUAAACAAGUAGCUGAACGAAGAUUACCGAAAGGUUAUGACUAUCAUCAGAUGCCUGCGCCGUUUAUUCAGAUCAGGUUGCUGAAGAUUUUAGCAUUGCUGGGAAGUGGUGAUAAGCUAGCAAGUGAAAAGAUGUAUACCGUUGUUGGGGACAUAUUUAAGAAGUGUGAUUCGACGAGUAAUAUAGGAAAUGCAGUACUUUACGAGUGCAUUUGUUGUGUUUCAUCUAUAUAUCCAAAUCCUAAAUUGUUAGAAGCUGCUGCUGACGUAAUUUCAAGGUUUUUGAAGAGUGACAGUCACAAUCUUAAAUAUAUGGGAAUUGAUGCCCUUGGUCGACUCAUAAAGAUAAGUCCUGAGAUUGCUGAACAACACCAACUUGCUGUGAUUGAUUGCUUAGAGGACCCGGAUGAUACUCUAAAGAGAAAAACCUUUGAGCUACUGUAUAAAAUGACUAAGUCCUCCAAUGUUGAAGUGAUUGUCGACCGCAUGAUUGACUACAUGAUAAGCAUUAAUGAUAACCAUUACAAAACCUAUAUAGCAUCUCGAUGUGUUGAGCUUGCAGAGCAAUUUGCACCCAGUAAUCAUUGGUUUAUCCAGACAAUGAAUAAAGUCUUUGAGCAUGCGGGAGAUCUUGUGAAUAUUAAGGUGGCACAUAACUUGAUGCGGUUGAUUGCAGAGGGAUUUGGUGAGGAUGAUGAUGCUGCAGAUAGUCAACUCAGAUCAUCUGCUGUGGAGUCAUAUUUGCGCAUUAUUGGAGAGCCAAAGCUUCCGUCUGUAUUUCUUCAAGUCAUUUGUUGGGUUUUGGGGGAGUAUGGAACAGCUGAUGGGAAGUAUUCUGCUUCUUAUAUUACCGGUAAAUUAUGUGAUGUGGCAGAGGCAUAUUCAAAUGAUGAAACUGUAAAGGCAUAUGCAGUUACAGCACUCAUGAAAAUAUAUGCAUUUGAAAUAGCAGCUGGAAGAAAAGUGGAUAUGUUACCUGAGUGUCAAUCUUUGGUUGAAGAAUUAUCAGCUUCCCACUCUACGGAUUUGCAGCAACGUGCAUAUGAAUUGCAAGCAGUCGUUAGCUUGGAUGCUCAUGCUGUUGAGAGUAUUAUGCCAUUAGACGCAAGUUGUGAGGACAUAGAGAUUGAUAAAAAUCUCUCAUUCCUCAACAGUUAUGUCCAACAAUCGCUGGAAAAUGGCGCCCAGCCUUACAUUCCUGAGAGUCAGCGCUCUGGUGUGUUAGAUAUCAGCAAUUUCAGAAGCCAAGACCAGCCUGAAGCUUCAAUGCAUGGUCUUAGGUUUGAGGCAUAUGAGCUUCCAAAGGCCCCAGUGACAUCAAGAAUACCUCCAGCUUCAGUUGCACCCUCAACUGAACUUGUUCCAGUACCUGAGCCAUCUUAUUCAAGGGAGACCCACCAGGUUGCAUCAGUGCCAUCCAUAUCAGAUGCAGGGUCAACAGAACUCAGGCUACGACUUGAUGGUGUUCAAAGAAAGUGGGGUAAACCAACAUACUCUUCUCCUACAUCAUCUACCUCAAAUGCUUCCCAGAGUACAUCAAAUGGGGUCACACAAGUAGAUUCUGCAGCCAAUGUAAAUUCAAAAGCACGUAAUACUCAUGAUUCAAGGAAGCCACAAGCUGAAAUUACUCCAGAAAAGCAGAAGCUUGCUGCUUCGUUGUUUGGUGGACCCUCAAAAACUGAGAAGAGGCCUACUUCAGCUAGCCAUAAGGUAGCCAAGGCAAGUAGCCAUGCUGCAGAGAAGUCUCCGGCACCAAAGGCAGCAGUCGUAUCCAAUCAAGCUACAUUGGAGAAGAUCAAUCAUCAACCUCCUCCAGACUUGCUUGACUUGGGUGAACCGACUGUUACAAAUAGUGCUCCAUCUGUGGAUCCAUUCAAGCAGUUAGAAGGGCUUCUUGACCCAACUCAAGUUACUUCAACAGUGAAUCAUGGUGCAGUUGGUGCUACUGAAGCACCUGAUAUUAUGGCGCUAUAUGUAGGGACACCUGCUGGUGGACAGAGUAGCAGUGCUGAAAACUCUCUGCCAAGCAACAGCUAUGAUGUCAAUCUCACAUCUGAGUUAUCUAAUUUAACUAGUGGCGCUACUAAUGCAGGAGCUACACUUCCGACACAAUUUACUAAAGGUCCAAACCCUAAAGAUGCCCUAGAAAAGGAUGCACUUGUGAGGCAGAUGGGUGUCACCCCUUCAAGUCAAAAUCCAAACUUGUUUAGUGAUUUGCUUGGCUAAAUUCAUCAGACAGAGAGUUUUAAAUCAAAGAUGCUUGAAGAUUGAUUGCUUUGUGAUAUGCAUAUGGUUUUCUGGAGCAGCUUGCUAUUUGACAGGGCAAUAUUUAUAAAUUGUACAAUUAGUGAAACAAUCAGAGUAGCAAGUGACACUGUGAAUGGAGUAAUUCAACCUCCAGAACUGUAAAAUCAGGUACAGAUUUGUAUUUGUUGAAGGACAAUAGAACUUUUGAUAGGAAUAGAACCAUAGCCGGUGCAUUUGAGGUUUUCCCUUCGAGCGAGUCAACAUGCAGCUUUUUGUGAAUGCUGUCGCAGCCCAUUUGGGGUUUUGGAGCACUCCAUAAGCAAAAGGGUUCUGCUGAGCAUGUUUGUAUGCUUUUGCUCCGCAUGGCAUUUGAGACAUCUUGUUGUAAUAAUAACGCUGUAUAAGUGAGUUCUCUUUCCCACAUAUUUUUUUUCAUUUUUCAUUGGUUUCCAAUUUUACAUCAUCUUGGAUAAUGAGAGGCCACUUGUUUGAAUUUGACAUUCAAGAUC